AUGAGCGUUUUCUGGCAGAGCUGGAGGAUCUUACAGAUAGUCUUUGCAACAAUCACAGCAGUUCUCCCGCAAGAUCUGAGCAGUAAGGAACUGACUGACAGUAAGAGUCCAGUGCCUUUCCCUGUCUUCUUGCCGGUCAACUACGAGGUGCGCGAUGCCGACUACCUCUUCCUAAAGGAGGCUGGACAGGACUUUAUGAGGAACUCCAGCAUGCAGAGUCACACGCAGCCGUUUGUUAUUUUAAGAGCCAGCCGGCAGCCAGCUGUCAACGCCAGCUAUGGCACGAUGUCCACAGAGAAGCUUGUGCCUCGAGAUCUGGUCCAGUCUGUGCAGCUCUUCAACGCCCCGGAGGUCUUUACCUUCAACUGGAAAAUCCAGACCUUCGUGCUGACGCCUCGGGUUUUUUCCUCCAAGCCCAAAGUGCGGGUCCUCUUCUAUGUGGCGGGCAGGGAUUGGAACAGGGGGGAAGGAGCUGUGGACGAGCUACCAUGUGUGACAGUGUAUGCUUUCUGGCAAACCCAGGAGGUGAGGGGUUCCUGUGCCAUGGGAGGUGAGAGGGGAACCUGCAUGGCCGAGCUGGCGCCUGCGCCUGGCUGGUUUGCUCCGGGGUCAGAGGGCACCAGCAGGGAGAGGCAGGAUCCAUCUGCUGGGAACCCUGUGGAGGUGUACUACCAGGCUCAGCCCAAAGUCAAUGGGAAGUGUAAUUCUGCGGAUGGGAGUCGCUGGGGCGCUUCACAGCAGCAGGCCGAGUAUGUUCCUGUGACUCCCAUGCAGAGGAUUGGCAGCGUGCGUCUUCUGCAGGUGCCUAAGGGAAUGGCAACACUCUCUCGGCUCAAGCUCGGCAACGCCAUCGUCAUACGGACGUCCUCCAAACCUCUGAAGAAGACUGACAUCGCUACCUUCUACAUACUCAUGGCCAGCUCUGCUCAGCUGACUAACUUCACUCUCAGAGCAUCGGUAAAGAAAGGUGUGACCUUUCGAACAGCGACACCCAGUAACUCUUUACUGUGGGACAUCACUCUGGAUAUGGGUGCAGAUGGAGCCAUCGCUGUCAUUUGUCAGAGAAAGGCGCCCAUACCCGGCAAAAGGCUUGAAAGCAGUCUACUGGAGGUACUUCAGAUGGAUUUCGAGGUUGAGGAGCUGAGCACUCCUCUUGAGAGUCAGGUGAUCAUAUGGAAGCUGGAGCUGCCGUCAGCAUCCAAAGCUGUCGCCAAGACCGAAGGAGCCAUGAGGAUCUAUACCACUCAGAGAGACUUCGUCGGCCUCGCUCCUCUCAUAAUGGACACUGAGAUCCUGAACACAGCUGUGCUGACCGGAAAGAAGGUGGUGAUGCCUGUGAGGACUGUAGCUGUGGAGGAAGAUGGAGUAGUUACCGAUGUAUCCGACUACACAGACUGUAGCUCCACUGAUGAAGACGUUCUCAAGGUGUCAGACAGGUGCGACUAUGUUUUUGUAAAUGGCAAAGAGACGAAGGGCAAGGUGAAGAUGAUAAUAAACUUUACCUACAGCUACCUGAACGCGCAGCUUGAACUGAACGUGUGGAUGCCGCAACUCCCCCUCCAGAUUGAGCUGUCAGACACAGAGCUGAGCCAGAUCAAGAGCUGGAGGAUACCCAUCCUAACCUCAAAAAGAUCUGGCUGGAACAGUGAGGAAGAUGACCGCAAGGGGAAGGGCUGCAUGCUGCAGUUUCAGCAUGCCCUGGUCCGGGUGCUAACCAAUUUCGUGGCAGAGCAGGCAGACCCUCGAGAUCCUAAGGCCUAUUUCCUGGGCACUGAUUGGCAGGUAGAUGUCACAAGGUUGGUUCGAUACUUCAUGAAGGUGGAGGACCCUCGAGUGGCAAGGCUACAGGGAGGAAGGGUGUUGUCGGGAAGAGACCUUGGGACCACUACCAUCCAGAUAUUUUCUCCACUGUCUGAUGCCAUCUUAGCUAAGACAACUGUCAAAGUCGUGGAUGACAAAGUGACAAUCACAGAGAUGGGGGUCCAGCUGGUUACAGGCCUCUCUAUGACCUUGCAGCUCAGUUCAGGUAGCAACAGGGCCAUCUUGGCUACCACAACCACACAAGAGGUUUUGCAAAACCCCAAACAGGAAGCUUUGGUGAGUGCCUGGUUACAGUUCAGUGACGGCAAUCAGACACCUCUUGACAUCUAUGACCCAACCUACCACCGUGUGACGGUGACAUCUCUGGAUCAGGGGGUGGUGUCGGUGCAGGGUACACCUCCAGUUGUUGUGGCAGAAGGAGAGGGUGAGGGAGUCCUGAUCCGAGUAGAGAUGUCCAUCUGUGAGGCCUGCCAGAAGUCCAAGCGCAAAAGUACUGUCGCUGUUGGCAACGGCAGCCUCAAGGUCAAGUUUCAGGUGAACACUCGGCGGCCGGAUGGCAACACCAGCAGCAUCGACAGCAGCAGUGUUAGCAACAGGGACAAUGGCAGUGACUACGGAAGCGAUGGGGAAGAGGUGGACAGUGAGAGGAAGCAGAGGAAGCCGUCUCAGGACACUCCACCUCGCAUCUCGAACUCAGACAGAGAGGAGAGUGCCAUGCAGAAGAUCACAACCACCAUCAAAUCUACAGAAAGAACCUUGAUAACCAGCGGCAGCCUUGGAGGUGUGGGUAAGACCAGUAAUUCAGGAAACCCCGGCAGCCCUACCAGUGUGCUGAAUGUCAGCCUGAUGAGCAACCCCAGUGACAGCAGCAAAGGAUAUGGCUCUGACAAUAUGAUAGUAGAGGAUAUGAGCAGUGUUAGCUUUACUAGCACUGUGAAGGCCCCUGGGAAUCUGGUAAACUACAACAACUUCCCCACCAAGGUGGAGAUACCUGGACAGGAGACAGCAGAGGUAGAAAUUGGUGGUGAAGACAUGUUGGCCAAUAGGCCUCUCACAGACUUAGAGAUUGGCAUGUACGCUCUGUUGGGUGUCUUUUGUCUGGCCAUCCUGGUGUUUCUGGUAAACUGUAUUUCAUAUGUUGUUAAGUUCAGACACAAGAAGCCUCCCUCCCAUGGCCAGGAGCCCACAGGGCACAGGCAUGACUGGGUAUGGCUCGGCACAGAUGCUGAGCUGGUGAUGAGUGUGCCAGGCAGCCCGGUUCAGCAAGACUCCCAGACUACAACCACGGUUAUAGACAUUGGGCCUGAUAAGACUGCCUCUCUUUCCAGGAGGCCCAGUUGUCUGGCCUCUGUCACAGACUCUCCCCUCAGCUGCGUAGGCUCAGUCAGGAGCAAACCUGUGCACAGUGAGUCCCUCCACUCGCCCACCAGCAAGAGAAAGAGAGUCCAGUUCACCACCUUUUCCACACUAGAGCGCCAGCAUUCGCCACAUCUCCCGCCCAGAGAGAAUGGCCAUGGCAUCCACUGGGUUGGGAAGGAGGACAGCUGUGGGGAGGAACCUCAAGUGCCCAUCACAGAGCCUGGGGAUCAGUUAUAA